GCGUUUAGAUAUUCGUGAUUGUCCUGAUCACGAUCGCCUCAAUAUUUAUAGAGUUUUGACCGAGUUUAAGAUAAGGAUUUGCAUAAGGCCAGUUCCCAAUCGCCUCAACAGGUUUUUUACAUUCAACCCCACGCUCAACCCAAAGAAAACGUCGAGAAGUUUGAGGCCAACUGAUAUUAUGAGGGUGAGGGUUCACAAGAAAACUUCAUUUUGUUUCGUCUUCUUCAUUGUGAUGCUGAUUUUCCUCUUACUACAAGUUAACGAAGAACAUGAAAUUUUUACCUCACAGACAUCCGAGCAGGAACUUUCCAGCAUGAACUGGGAAUCUCUAGAUAGCCAGCCUCGCUUAUGCGAACCAGUGAGAAAUAUUUUAUUCUUGAAGACACACAAAACAGGCUCCAGUACUAUCACAAACAUCUUGAACCGCUAUGGUGACAAAAAUGAUUUGAUAAUCACCCUUCCUGUCAAGAGCUACUUAUUCCAUUGGCCAUCGUCAUUUCGUCUCUCGUUUGUAGAAUCCACUUAUGGUAGACCACCGAACAUCCUCUGCAAUCAUGCCAGGUACAACAAAGUUCCCAUGAACUGGCUUUUUCCAAAAGAAACAUCACGCUACAUUACAAUUUUAAGAGAUCCAGUCAUGCAAUUCGAAUCUGUUUUUAAUUUUUUUCAUCUGUGGUAUCAUUUUGAUGGCUUACAAAAAGCACGUUUUAAGUUGGAAGCUUUCCUGGAUAAUUCUACAUUAUAUUUCGAUCAAGUUAAAGAAAAGGUUGGUAGAUAUAUAACCUUAAACUUAAUCAAGAACCCUACGUUAUUCGAUUUAGGACUUGACACAGAUUUCUACGAAAAUCUAACUGCGGUGCGCGAUUACAUCCGAUUUGUCGCACAGGAGUUUGACAUAGUUAUGCUCAUGGAAUACUUCGACGAGUCUUUAGUUCUUCUAAAACGACGUUUCUGCUGGAAAUUCGAGGACAUUUUGUAUUUCAAACUCAACGAGAGAGGGGAGCAGCACGUUCGUAAUAAAGACCUUUCCAAAAAGGUCAGAGAACAGAUUAAAAAGUGGAACGCUGGGGAUGUAUUAUUGUAUGACUACUUCAACAAAACGCUGUGGAGAAUGAUAGGCGACGAAGGUCCAGAAUUCUACCGCGAUCUUUCCAUCUUUCAGCAAAAGUUAAAAGCCGUAAAGAGUGCUUGUGUGCAAGAAUAUAACGUUCUCACUCCGUUAAUUCCCGGAAAGAGAAUUUUUGUUCAUGGUUAUGCUUUGAGAACUAAUAUUUCCAAAGAGCUGUACAAAACUUGCUAUAAGAUGACCUUGAAUGAGGCUCCAUUUAUGACUUAUCAUCGUAAAAAGAAGACGAAAAACUUUGAAGCUAUUGACAAUUCUGUAAAUAAACCAUAGUAUGCUAUACAUACCGUGCACUUGAUGUUCACUUAAGUGUGUAGACAUUGAUAACGGGGCUUUCCCUUUCGCUCAACCCUUCAACUCCCAUAAAUGAUCAAGACAGAAUUUCUCCUAACGAUAUCAAUACAAUAUCAAGCAGACUUGUAAUGAGAAUAAA